GUCAGGAUGUUGCUGAACUGAUCCGGAUCCGGAUCCGCCCAGAUCGGCGUCACAGUACCGACAAGAUGGCCGAGAGUACGGGUCGAAAGUGAGGGAGGAAACAAAAACAGUGGCGAGCUAAUCUUGCCGCAGAUGCAAGACCUUCAGAGCUGCUGAAGAGCAGUCGGGGCGAAGAGAAAUCCUGGGCAUAUUCCAGACUCCAGCUUGCGGGUGACGUCCUCCGGAUGCGGACAAACUGGACCCAGCUAGCUCGCAGACGGAACGUUUGUUAGGUCGCCUGCGUUAGCCACAGAGCUAACCUGCUAACCAUGUUUGCUAGCUGACAGCGCCGUUAGCGAGAGAAUAGCUUCCAGAAGGUGACAGUUGGGGUAAUUUUAAAAUAAAUAGUUGUUGGUACGUUGUAAAUUGUUAAAGCCAAGAUCUGUUGGAGCAGCAUAACUUUUUCUAGAGAUAAAUUGGAUUUAAGGCACAGCUAAGGCUUAGCAAGCUGGCUAGCACGCUAACAUUGCGGAUUUCUUGUUUCAGAGUUGGCAUUAGCAGACGCCAGUUAGCGUGCUCAGCUGUUUUCAUGUGUUGGGGUUGUUCCGACACAGAAAAGGUACAACGACGCGUGUGUGCGCGUGGAAAGGACAUUUCUGCCACCCUUCAGGACUAACGGAGGGGUCCUCAGCAGACUAGGGUAACCAGGUGUGCUAACAGGAUUGCUAGCAUUGAAGGCAUCACAGCUGGGUCUGUCAAAACAAGUAAAGCCGAGGACAUUUCAGUCCUGCGUUAUUGGACGAGGUGCAAAUCCAAUCAGCCUCCUCAUCAUGGCUCAUUCUCCGGUACAGGGUCACCUGCCGGGGAUGCAGAAUGCCCGAGCGGACCCGGAGGAGCUGUUCACCAAGCUGGAGCGCAUCGGAAAGGGUUCGUUUGGCGAGGUGUUCAAAGGCAUCGACAAUCGCACGCAGAAGGUGGUGGCCAUCAAGAUCAUCGACUUGGAAGAAGCCGAGGACGAGAUCGAGGACAUUCAGCAGGAGAUCACUGUGCUGAGCCAGUGCGACAGCCCGUUCGUUACCAAGUAUUACGGCUCCUAUCUGAAGGACACAAAGUUAUGGAUCAUCAUGGAGUAUUUAGGUGGAGGCUCGGCCUUGGACCUGAUGGAGCCCGGAGCGUUGGAUGAGACCCAGAUAGCCACAAUCCUUAGAGAGAUCCUGAAGGGCCUGGAGUACCUGCACUCAGAGAAGAAGAUCCACAGGGAUAUCAAAGCCGCCAACGUGCUGCUGUCUGAGCAGGGAGAGGUGAAGCUGGCGGACUUCGGCGUGGCCGGCCAGCUCACGGACACACAGAUCAAGCGCAACACCUUCGUCGGCACGCCCUUCUGGAUGGCUCCGGAGGUCAUCAAGCAGUCUGCCUACGACUCCAAGGCUGACAUCUGGUCUCUCGGCAUCACCGCCAUCGAGCUGGCGAAAGGCGAGCCCCCCCACUCCGAGCUCCAUCCCAUGAAGGUCUUGUUCCUCAUCCCAAAGAACAACCCGCCCACACUAGAGGGCAACUACAGCAAACCCCUGAAGGAGUUUGUGGAGGCCUGCCUCAACAAGGAGCCCAGUUUUAGGCCGACUGCCAAAGAACUGCUGAAGCAUAAACUGAUUGUCCGCUAUGCCAAGAAGACGUCCUACCUGACCGAGCUGGUGGACAAGUACAAGAGGUGGAAGGCGGAGCAGUCCAGAACCACAGAGUCCAGUUCUGACGAGUCUGACUCAGAGCAGGAUGGGCAGGCGUCGGGCGGGAACGACUUCGGCAGCGAUGACUGGAUCUUCACCAUCCGGGAGAAGGACCCCAAGAAACUGCAGAACGGGGAGGGACAGUCGGGGGUAACGGACCAGACUAAAGACAUUCCAAAGAGGCCUUAUUCACAGAGCCUGGCCACCGUCAUCUCUCCAGCAUUAGCCGAGCUGAAGGCACGACAGGAGCAGGUGAACGGGAACCCGCUGGUCCUGGAUGAGCUGAAGGAGGCCAUCCUGCUGGCUGAAGAGGCCUACCCCGGCAUCUCCGACUCCCUGGUGGCUCACAUGGUGCACAGACUGCAGAGUUUCUCCACAAGCAGGACAUCCUCUUCCUCCCCCUAGUUGCCGGCUCUCCACCCAGCCCCCGCAUACCAACACCAACCCUGAUUGGCUCAGACGUUCACGUCAGGGUUGAAGUCAUUUCAAAACCAGCUCCGCGUGGGGGGAGGGGCGCUAACCUAGCCUGUAAAAACGACUGAACGGAGAAACUCUGAGGCUGGAGCGGGACUUUCGAAACUCUGCUGCAGAGUCUCUGCAUGGACCAGGAGCCCAAACUCUCCCCCCAGAAUCCCCCCCCAGUGCAGGCGUCAUAUCCCCCGACCCUCUGAGAGCAUGCUGGACGAACCUGCAGGGACGUGGUGGUGAAGCUCCUCCCUGUUCAGGCAAACUGCAGCAUUCUCAAUGAAACCUCAGGUAAAGUGCUUUAAGUGGACUUUGUUCGUCCUCAAGGCAGGGGUGGGUGGGGGGGAGGGGUCGCCAUGCUGUAUACGAUUACAAGUUGUCACUGCGGGAAAUAAAUCACUGUGUACAAAAUGGUCAUGCGCAUUUUGUAGAUACUAAAAAAGUCUAAAAGUAGAUAUUUAAAGAUGGGGAACUCCACCAGGAACAACAGAAAUGCCUUGCCUUUUUCACUCCUUCCUUCCAGCAUUUCACAGCUUUUCUUUUGGGAGUUCCCGUCUUCCAUUUCAGUCGCUCCACCGUCAGACUAACCAGACUAAGCUCAGCUUGUUCAGAGGCAGAAACAUCCGGGCCUGUAGGCCGGGGGUAAAACUGCUUCCUGUUCUUCACCUUUUAGACAAGUUAAGUCAAAUUUUACACUCUAGGUCAAGAAGGACGGCAGCGGACGCCCCCGCGGGGAAACCGCUCUGCUGUUCUCAGUCUAAAGUAUUAUUUUUAUUUCUUAGCUGUACUUAGAGACUUAAUGUUGAGGAGAGAAAAAUAAAAACAAACCAGUAAGGACCACAGAAGGCUGUGGAAGCCAAUCCCCGCCACAAGAAAUGGAAAAUACUAUCUCAUAAUUAUUAGAUUUAAAAUCAGAAAUAUGAGAUUUAAUGUCAAGAUUAUAUGAUUUAAAUGGAUUUAUCUCAUAAUUGAGAUAAAAGGUUAUAAUUUUGAAAUUUAAUUACCCAGAAAAAAUAUUUUCAUGACAUAAAAUCUGUUUUAUGUAAGAAAAGUGACUUAAUCUCAUAAAGAUGUUAAAAUCUCAGAAUUAUGAGCAACUUUUUUUCCUGAAGUGUCGUGAAUGGGCUUCCGUAGCAGCAGUUACAUGGUGGCGCUUUGCUAGUGGCCAAAUUGAAGCGUAGACCAGGAAGGAGCCAACCCGAUCACAUGUAGAAGUGCCAUGUCCUCCGUUAUGCUUUCACCUGAUGUUUGUAGUAUGAUUUGCACCUUCUUUUGUUUUUCUAAUUUUCAGAUCCGUUCUUUUGCACUUUGAAAGUGUGAGUAUUUAAAUAAACCUGCAAGAGGAGAAAAACAAGCGAAACAGUUGCUAAUAGCCAUGUUUUACUAUAUAUGUUUACUUCAGAGUUCCAGAAUUUACUACUGUGCUAUUGCAGCAAUAAUGUUGAAGAGUGGCGUAAUGAAGCCCUCGUCAACGCAGGGACUGAGAAACGAAGAAAUAUCUGAUAUUUUUAUAACAGCAAGAGUUACGUAUGGAAAUAUGGAAUGCUUUAUGGAUACGGGCAAAAAAAAAAGUAUCUAUACCUUACAGAAAAACAUGCUACGGAAAUAACUACAGAUGUGUACAUUUGGUCCUUUAUCAUAGCUGACAGUUUCUAGUACUGUAUAUAAUCUUUGCUUGUGUCAUUUGAGGAUUCCCAAGUUAAAUGUAAGCUCCUUGUAAGCUUUCAAAGUGACAUGAGAAAUAAAAAUCUAAUGCUAACG